GAGAGCAGGCACGUCGCCGGGGGACGCAGCCGGAGCCCGUCGAUGGGGGUGGCGGCCCUCGGCAGCAAAAGCCCCGACCGCAGGGGCUCCAACCUGGGCAUCCUCAGGCUGGACAUCAACAAGCCGCGAAGGAGUUCCGGCUCGUCGGUCGAGUUCCGAGACCUACAGGUUGGGCCUUCGUCACCGCAGCCGUCGGUGGACCGACUGUCGGUGUCUUUUGCAGUUGGCGGCGUUGAUGACUCGUGCGAGCAGCGCAGCGACCGGUCCGACACCUCGAUCAAAGGGUUGCGAGGCCUCAGCCCGUACGACAUGACCUCCGAGAGGGUGCACUUUGACAAAGAGCGCCACGAGGACGAUGCGGGCGAGGAGGGCGUCGAGGAGGACGACGAUUACUCGGCCAGCAUGAACGCGAUCAUCCAGCGACGAAACUCGUCGCGGCGGCCGAGCAAACGGAAAAGCCGCAGGACGUCGUCGCCCUUCGCGGCGGCCGACGCCGACAGCGGCCAGUCGCGCCGACGCUCCUCCGUUUUCACCACCAGCUCGGUCGAGACGGGUGUGAGUGGCGAAGAUGGAAGCGGCGCGAACCAAGAGCAAAUUUUCGAGCGGCUUCGUUUGCACAAGGAAGUUCUGCAAAGCGCUCGACACCAGCCGUGGCCGAUGCGGCGAAAGAUGAAGCUCGUGCGACAGGCAAAGGGUUACAUUCGGCGGCACGAAGGUGCUUUGCAGGAGCGACUGGCCCACUCGAGGAACACCAGGGAUUUGGCAGCCAGGGCGCAACUCCUCCUUCUCAAAUUUUGGCAACAUCUAAAGCGGGAGCUUGCAAACUUGCUGAACUACUUGGUGCCGUGGGAGUCGCGAAUCAAAGAAAUCGAGUCUCACUUUGGCUCGGCCGUCGCUUCCUACUUCACUUUCCUGCGAUGGCUUUUCUGGGUUAAUCUGAUGAUCACCAUUCUGCUCACCACUUUUGUGGCGGUGCCCGAGGUUCUGGCGGCGGACAAGCGAGACGCGUUGGACGAUCGUAAGGCGAUGCUGCCGGAGGAAAAAGGCAACGCGACCGACAUCGCCGUUCUGUGGGACUUUGAAGGGGUUUUGCGUUACUCGCCCAUGUUUUACGGCUUUUACUCGAACCGGGUGAAGCAACCGAGCGGCUACAGACUGCCGUUUGCCUACUUCAUGACCAGCCUGGCCGUUUACGUUUAUAGCUUCGUCGCCACACUUCGGAGAAUGGCCAAGAACUCUCGCAUGAGCAAACUCUCGGAAAAGGCGGACGAGUGCGUUUUCACUUGGAAAUUAUUCACCGGCUGGGACUACAUGAUCGGCAACAAGGAAACUGCGCACAACAGAACGGCUUCCAUUGUUCUCGGUUUCAAAGAAGCCCUGCUCGAAGAGAGGGAAAAAGUCAAGGACUCGAGAAACUGGAAACUGAUCGCGAUCCGCGUCAUGGUGAACAUUUUCGUGCUGCUGCUGCUCGGCGGGUCUGCCUACGCGGUCGUCGAAAUGGUCAAGCGGUCCGAGGAGGCGCACGAGAUUGAUUCGUGGUGGCGCCAGAACGAGGUGUCGGUCGUUCUCUCCUUAAUCACCUACACUUUUCCCACGCUCUUCGAGCUGCUCGGCCUCCUCGAGAAUUAUCACCCGCGCAAACAGCUCCGCUUGCAAUUAGCAAGGAUCAUGGUGCUCAACUUGAUGAACCUCUACUCGCUCAUUCUCGCCCUCUUCGGCAAAAUCAGCAAAAUGACCGACGAACUGCAGAGUUUGAAGAAAAAUGACUCUCUGGCGACUUUUUCAAUGGCGAUGACGACGACCAGUCCUUUCACGCUAACACCGACUAUGGUGCCAAUGAUGUCCGAAUCUGAUAGCUCAACUUUAAUCUUCGCUGCAGCGAACGUGACAACUCUUUUGUCGUUUUGCCCAGUUGAUCUUGUAAAGGUGCUGGUGGCGUGUACGAGCGCGACGAGUGGCGAAAUGCCAACGAGCACCACUCGGCCGACCUCCUCCUCAAGGGGUGGCGACGCGCAAACCACAACAGCAGCGUUUCUCGAGUUCACCCUGCCCGACUCGUUGCGCGUGACGACCGCACAAGAGGGUGGCGAGGAUGAGGACCAGCAGCGUCAGACCAACGCCACCACCGACGACGACGACGCCGGCAACAAUUACAACUCCACUUGGCCGCAAACCUUCGCCAAGGGGCCUGACGAUGAGGGUGACUAUUACACCGAUUAUCACAACUCGACAGUAAAUGAGUACGAAAACGGAGGCCAACAGAACACAUCAAAUGUCACUAUAGUGAGGACGACGUCGACGACGCCUCCAUCGGUGAGUAAGGUCGACGUGGAAUCAUUUUUGACCGGCGUUUUGACGAGCUACAUGAAGGCGCUGACCACGUACAAGUCAAUUAAAGCCACAACCCCCGCUCAGGAAAUGACGGCAGAAAACUACGAUGAACUGGAGGAGACGAGCACUGUGUCUUGGUCAACAACACUGGACGACGAGUCGUCAACAUGGACCACUUUCGAGAGCUCUAGUUUCUCUGAUGGCGGCAACGAGGAAAAUUACUGCUACGAGUGGAUUUGUCCGUUCCAAGAGGCAGAAACAACCACCGAGCCAGAAGACUUUCCCGACACUCUCGAGCCCCAGCUGGAAAGUGAAACCGAGCUCGAGCCAAACGAGCAUGGAACGUCUUCAACGAUGCCCACCACUGAUAGCGAUUUUGAAUGCGAGGAUUUUUCCACGCUCUCGCCCGGGAGCGACACUUCUCGUCUGGCCGACCGUCGGAAUUUGCGGCGCCUCUGCUGGGAGACCAUGUUUGGCCAGGAGCUGGUCAAGCUGACAGUGAUGGACUUGGUAAUGACUGUGGUCACCGUUCUUCUGAUCGACUUCUUCCGCGCAAUCUUCGUCCGCUUCAUGAACAGCUGCUGGUGUUGGGACUUGGAAAAGCAAUUUCCGCAGUACGGUGACUUCAAAAUUGCAGAAAACAUACUACAGCUGGUGCACAACCAAGGAAUGGUUUGGAUGGGGAUGUUUUUCUCGCCCGGUUUGCCGGCCCUGAACCUGGUGAAGCUUGUGAUGAUAUUUUACCUUCGCUCGUGGGCCGUCUUGACCUGCAACGUCCCCCACGAGGUGCUCUUCAGGGCAUCCAGGUCCAACAAUUUCUACCUGGCGUUGCUCCUGACAAUGCUGUUCCUUUGCGUGCUGCCCGUGAGCUUUGCUAUUGUGUGGCUUGAGCCGUCGUGGCACUGCGGCCCUUUUUCGCAGUACCAACGCAUCUACUACAUUCUCACUGAGAACAUCAAAGCUGCAACGCCAACGAAAUUGCAUUUGGUUUUGGAUUACGUGGCGUCACCAGGCAUUGUGAUUCCGAUGCUGCUGCUGUUGGUGCUGAUAAUUUACUACCUGAUGUCGCUGACGAGCGCCCUUCGCGAGGCCAACGUCGACCUGAAGAUUCAGCUGCGUCGCGAGCGGACCGAGGAGCGGCGCAAGAUGUUCCAGAUGGUGGACCGAAAGGGUGACGGCGCCGCGCCCAACGGCGGCAACGACGCGCUGCUCUCGCGCUGGCGCAAAAUUCUACCCGCAAUUCCCAAACAGGCCAAUCCGUUUGUGGCCGCCGCCGCAGCGGCCGCCGCGGCCUCCAGGCCGGACACCAAGGAACAAAGUCUCCUCAAUGGCGGUGUCAACAAGCAGGGCACGCCUGAGAAAAGCAGCAAAACAGCAGAAAAAGGUGUCAAGGCUUUUCGGUCAACCCGGCGUCCGGCAGCGCGCACCGUGUCCGACGAGCAGGACAGCCACGCAGAGGGCACGGACGCCGAGCAGCCCGAGUCUCUGCCGGAAGACCCGUCGCAACAGGGCGGGUCUCGGGCGCCGCUUCGGCACCAGUCGACGAUCAAAUCGACGGCUUCGACCACUUCUUCAAACCGCGCCGAAAUCCCAGUCAUCACCAUCAGCAAGACCGAGAGCCAGGACAGGUUGCUGGACGCGGCCGCCGAGCCUGGAAAAAGCGCGACUCCCAAAAAGGGGGAUGAAGAUGCUGAAGCGGAAAGAGAAAACGCAGAGGUUUCCAGAAGAAAGAAAGAAAAAGCUGCAGAGGAAGAUGAUGAACAGAAAUAAGUCUAUGAUAAAAUUGAAUUGAAAACUAAUAUAAUCAGGAUAAAAUUUUCAAAAAUUUGUAGUUACGAGAGAGUUUCGAGUUUUGAAUUAAUAUUUCAGGAAGAUGAUUGAUCGGAAGACAAAUUUUAUAGAUUUGAUUAUAUAAUUGGAUGGAACCUUCUCACUUUCAGAGCAGAAAAACGUUCUCUAAAACUAAUUUACGGACAAAAUUGUCUGGAUCAUGUUAAUAAAGGACAAUAUUAAGUUUCUGUGUAGUUUAUCUGCAUAUUUAAAUUUGAGGUGUAAAAACAAAAUUUCUUGUUUUUUCCCAGGGUUUACAAAAAAAAACUACUUUUCUUGUGCAUUAAUUGAUGAUAAAUAUUUGAAAAUAAAACUGAUAUUGAAUUGAUAAUAUAAAUUAGGACCAAAAGAAUGGACCUUAUAAUUUAUAAUAGUAAAUCGAUGAAUCAAACAUUUUGAAGUUAAAAAUUUCAGGUAUAUUUAAUUAUUGAUAAUAGCAUUUAUACAAUAUUUUUUGCAAUAUUAUCUGAAUAUGUUUUACAAAUUUUUAAUAUUGAUUUAAAAUGUUGAAAAAUUUAGGGCGUUGAAAAAGAUAGAAGAUUGAGAUUUUCGAUCCACUUUGACCAAAAUAUUGCAAAACUUUACUGCAUAAAUUAGAAGGUAAUUGGGUCCAAUUCUAUGCUACACAAAUUUCAUAAAACAAAAUAACAUAUUCAAAUCCAUGAAAAUUUGAUGUAUAAGGUGAUUCUCGUCUUACGGGGUUUUGGCCAAAACUAGAAAUGCUGCAAUGGAUUCCAAAUGAUUCAGAUUAUAAGAUUUGAACUAUUGCGUGUUAAUGUUUCAAGUAUAAAAAUGAUUUAUUAUCGCCCCAUCGCUUCUUUACAAGGGGCCAAAGUAAUGUCCGAAGGUUGAAAACGGGUAAAAAUCCACGUUUUUCUACCUUCUUAUGCUCGUAACUUUCCAUUUUGCAAAGUGAACUAUAAUUUUCUAGAUAGCUUUCGAUUCGCCAGAAGAUGCAGUAUCCAAAAAAAAGCAAAAAAGUAUAUCUCUUCUGUCAUUUUAUCACACCCUGAGAAAUCAAAUUUUUUUAAUUUUAAUGGCCCAUUUAUAAAUGCUAUAUCUCUGAGGGUGAUAAAAUGACAGAAGAGUUAUAAUUUUGUUGCUUUUUUUCGAUAUGUACUUUAACAUCUUUGAAUCGAAAGCUAUCUAGAAAAUUAUAGUUUACUUUGCGAAAUGAAAAGUUACGAGUAUGAGAAGGUAUAGAAAAACGUUGAUUUUUACCCGUUUUCGACCUUCGGACAUUGCUUUCGGCCCUUGUAAAGAAGCGAUGGGGCGAAAAUAAAUCAUUUUUAUACUUGAAAAAUUAACACACAAUAGUUCAAAUCUUAAAAUCUGAAUCAUUUGGAAUCCAUUGCAGCAUUUCUAGUUUUGCCCAAAACCCCGUAGAAGAAUCACCUUAAUUUGAAUUCUGUUGUCAUGGAAGCAAAAAACUUAAAUGCAAUAUUUAUUUUCUGCUUGGUCUCAUUGUCCGCACACAUAAUUGUCGCAUUAACAUAUAUAAGCAUUAAUGUCCGGCCAAGUUGUUUAGCAUUAUUAUCACGCCUACGUCAUACACAUCAUGUUUAUGUCUGCAGUCAGUCUCUCUGUCUUUCUAUGUAAUUGAAGGAUGGUCUUGUGUGUUCGUGUAUACGAUUAUUUUAUGUACACUGCACAGCACAUGCCUGUUGUUUCCACUUUGUAUCGCGCGCAGUGAGUUGAAGCGAGAAGCGCAGGCAGAUGCAUCUCCGUCAGUGUAAUAUAUAUUUUCGAAAGAGCGCACAUCUGGAGAUCCGAGGAGCAAAAAGACCAAAACCGACAGAGAGCCGCCUUGUGUGGUGCGCGCCUUUGAAAAAAAGAAAAAAAACAUGAGAGCAGAUCGACCGACGUGGGAAGGAAAUGCGCUCACAGCUCACAAGAAACUCUUUUAAUUAUGUAAUAUCUAAGAAUUGGAAUUGGCCAAGAAACGUCACUAAAAAAUUUAAAUUACGAAUUCAAAAUUAA